UACGUGUGUGUGCAAGUUUUGGAGUACUUAGAUAAAGUUUAUCAAGCCGGCGAACAUAGUAUGUGAUGACUAUAGGACUGGUGGGUAUAUCUACCGGUAGUCGGUCGUUAGCGCAUCAGUGUUAGCUCGGUCGCCCAGCCAGUUACAAGCCCCUAAGAAUUUCAGAAUAAACAAUAUGCCGAAGUACGUGGUCCACUAUUUCAAUGGGAAGGGGUUGGGCGAACCCAUUCGUCUCUUGCUGGCUUAUGGAGGCGAGGGCUUUGAAGACCAUCGCAUCGCUGGCAAGGAUUGGCCAGAAUUCAAGAAAAAUACUCCCUUUGGACAAAUGCCUUAUAUAGAAUUUGACGGCAAGACGUACGCUCAGAGCACUUCCAUCUGCCGUUACCUUGGCAACAAGUACGGGCUGGCUGGAGACACCCCAGAGGAAGCUCUGGAGAUCGACCAGCUCGUGGAUCUCCUCGUCGAUUUCCGUCUCAAGGCUGCAGCCGUAACUUAUGAAAAGGAUGAGAAACUGAAAGAGCAGAGGUUUGAAGAAUAUAGUAAAGACGUGUUCCCUGAACAUUUGGACAGAUUCAAAAACCUCAUUGAGAAGAACAACGGACACUUUGCUCUUGGAAAGUUAACAUGGGCUGAUUUCUACUUUGCUGGAUUUUUCGCCUCUUUGAAGUUCAUGGUGAGGAUUCCUGACUUGGAGAAGAAGUACCCAGCGUUCCAGAAAGUUCUAGACCACGUCUACUCAAUCCCGAAGGUCAAGGCAUACGCUGAUGCUGUAGGCCCUACAGAAUUAAUCAUGCCGAAAUAUGUGUUCCACUACUUUAACAUGAACGGCCUGGGCGAGUCAGUUCGUCUACUGCUGGCUUAUGGCGGCGAGGGGUUCGAAGACCAUCGAGUAAAUGUGGAAGACUGACCGGCUUUUAAACCUAAAACUCCCUUUGGACAGAUGCCAGUUCUAGAGUUUGAUGGCAAGCAGUAUGCUCAGAGUCUAGCCUUAGCUCGGUACUUGGGCCACAAGUACGGUCUGGCUGGAGAGACCCUCGAGGAUAACCUGGAGAUCGACCAGAACGUCUACCUCAUCAACGAUCUUCGUACGAUGGGAUCGUCAGCAUGUUACGAGAAGGACGAAGUGGUUAAGGAGCAGAAAUAUAAAGAAUACUCCGCGGGAGCCUUCCCAGACUAUCUGGAAAAACUAAACAACAUCAUCGUUAAGAAUAAUGGUUACGUCGCUCUAGGAAAGCUGACAUGGGCUGACUUCAUGUUCGCGGGUCUGUAUGACCAUAUGAAGGGAAUGAUGCGCAUGCCUGACCUUGGACAGAAGUACCCAGCUUUGCAGCAGGUUAAGGACAGAGUGUACUCCUUUCCCAAAGUCAAGGCUUAUGCUGAUGCCGUAGCUGCUAAGCUAAACUCGUAAUUUUAGUAUUAUAAGUCUGGGUUCUAAAAAUUGUUUAAUAUUUUUGGUUAAGUAAAAAUAUUGUGUAAGAAAAGUUAGUUAGCAAGCCACAGAAAGAAAUAUUUUUUAAUAAAAGAAAAGGGUCAGUGUUUUUAAAAAAAAUGUGAUAAAGUAUAAAAAUAGUUAAUUUAAGCAUUGGUACUAUUCGUUUAAGACAAUAUCUUUUCUCUUUUUUUUUGGUUAGUAAGUUUUCAAAUUUAUUUACGUUGAAAUGUAAAUAAAUAAAUGUCUUCUAA